AAAACUAUUUUAUUAUUCUCUCUGUUUUCAGUGCCUCUGCAGGUCUUGAUUGUGGGUUAUGUUGGAGAUUCUGUGGUUUUACCUUGUUCUUCUGAGCUGAACACAGCUGAAGACAUUACAGUGCACUGGAGACACAAUGAUAGUCUGAAAGUCUUUGACAUUAUUGAUGGUAAAGUUUUUGUGGAAGAGCAGGAUUCAGUUUAUAAGAACCGAACUGAAAGCUUCACUCAAGCGUUUAAGACUGGAAACUUCUCCCUCAAACUCAACAACCUUCAGUACAAUGAUACAGGAAACUACAUGUGCCACAUCACAAAUGAAUUACUCAUUUACAGCAUGGAGCUACUCGUCAAAGAUGAAAAAGAUGAAGGAACACAAUCAAGAACAGAGAAGAUCAUAACUUUAGUGGCUUUGCUUUCUGUUUCUGUUAUAAGCAUGAGCCACGUCAGACUGUUCGUGGAGGAGAACAAUUGA